AUGCGUAUACGGACGUCAUCUGUGUGGUUCACAACACGAGAGUUCCUCAGGGCCUUCCUGUUUUGGAGAGAGUUGAAUCCGCAGCCUCUUUCUAGACACUAUAAUCCCUUUUAUAUAAGGUCUCAAAUUCAUCGCUGUUUUUGCUUUUCCCAACAGAUCAACUUCAUCUUCCUCUUCAACAUCGUGAGAAUCCUGAUGACCAAACUGCGGGCCUCCACCACGUCAGAGACAAUCCAAUACAGGAAAGCUGUGAAGGCUACACUGGUACUUCUUCCUCUCCUGGGACUCACCUAUAUGCUGUUCUUUGUCAACCCGGGGGAAGAUGAGAUCUCUCAAAUUGUCUUUAUAUAUUUCAACUCUUUUUUGGAGUCCUUCCAGGGCUUCUUUGUGUCUGUGUUUUACUGCUUCCUAAACAGCGAG